AUGCAGUCAUUACACAAAUUCGGCCCUGUCCGAUCAACGUCGCUCAUUAACUUCGCCGGUCAAGAUUCGCCCAAAUGUCGUCGCUCAUUUUCUACCGCGCCAGCUCGGCAAGAUUGGUUAACACCGAAGCGGCCGGAAUCAAGGAAGUCUAUGACCGGCAGGCCGCGCAUGCCCACGGGAGGCUCCACACGCGGCACCACAGUAGUUUGGGGUGAUUUCGGUCUGAGGAUGAAAGAUCAUGACCGAAGAGUAUCAGCCAAACAACUCAAGACCGGCGAAGAGACGAUCCACAGACGACUGCGAGGAGAGCAUUACAAGCUGUACAAAAGAGUGAGCGCCAACAUCGGUGUCUACGUCAAGGGAAACGAUGUGCGUAUGGGCAAGGGAAAAGGUAAAUUUGAUCAUUGGGCCGCCCGAAUACCCGUCAGCAGAAUCAUCUUUGAAGUCAAGGGCAAGAUUCACGAACAGGUGGUAAGAGAUGCUUUCAGACUGGCUGGCAACAAACUGCCAGGACUGUAUGAAUUCGUGAAGAAAGGCGACCCGCCUGUGGUUGGCAUCACGAAACUGGGUGACGGAGUAACCCUGGAGAAGCUGAAGGAGGCCAAACGAGAGGUGGAACCAAAGGACAAACCGGAACAGCCGCAACUCAUCACUUCUUCUACGACGAAUACGCCUCCCCAAACAGUUUCCACCCAUCUGGACGAAGCUCCGAGAACUGUUCACGUCUCUCCAUGA